AUGUAUCAUUACUCCAGUCCACCCCAGGGGUGGUCGACCUACGACUACACUCAGUCUCCUCCAACAUCGCAAUACUACGCGCAGUAUGCCUCUCAGUAUGCCAACGCAUACGCUUCGCCACGAGGUACCUCGCGACGACACACCCGCAAGGCCAGCUACACGGCCACCACCAAGGAGCCCGGCUGGCACUCGACCUACCCACAGUCUUACUACGAGGCAACGCCCGAAUAUGGCAUCCCGUCGCGCAAGCACGAUCAUCAACCGCCCAUCUUUGUCGAUGUGGCUGAUGCUUUUGAUACUCCGCACCAUGCCUCUUUCCACAAGAUGCAGCCGCCGCCGCACGAGGCCCAGCCUCAGCCUCGCCCAGCCCGCCAUGGCCGUCCCCCAGCAGCUGCUGCCCAAACCUCCACGCCGCGAGAUGGCCCCGGCCAGCAUCGUCGAACCGCGUCGACCUCUUACCGCAAAUCGUCAGCCGCUGAUUCUCACUUUUACUUCACCCAGGCUCCUAACCACGAGGACAUCGAAUCAGCUCGUCGCUCCCGCGCCCGUCGCCAGUCCACCUCCACCCGUACACCAUCCAAGCCCAAGCCAGCACCGCCGUCUUCGAAACCGCCACCCGUUGCCACCGAGGAAGACGCCGAGCGCGCCGGUAUUCCACCCGGCUACUCGACCAAGAACUGGGACCCGACUGAAGCUCCCAUCAUCCUGCUCGGCAGCGUCUUCGAUGCCAACUCCCUCGGCAAGUGGAUCUACGACUGGACGGUUUUCCACCACGGCGCAUCAACCCCCAUGGCCGAUGUCGCCGGCGACUUGUGGCUCCUCCUGAUCAAACUCGCCGGCAAGGUCAAGCGUGCCGACGAGUGUCUCCCACGAAUCCAGAGUCCCGACGCGCAAGAUAUUGUCGAGGAUUUCCUCGAAAGUGGCGACCGCCUCUGGAACCGAUUCAAGAAGCUGCUCAAGGCUUGUGAGAUGUUCAUGUGGAAGGCGGCCAAGCGGGAAAGUGGCAAAGGGCAGGUUUCUAUGGGUCGCAAUGCGGGGUGCGAGUUUGUCGACUCGAUUUUUGGCCGUGAUCGCGAGCUUGAGAAUACGGAGAAGCUGAUGAAUAGUAUCCGGUUGUGGAAUAUGCGGUUCGACGCUAAUUGCGAAGAUAUUCUGCGUCGGCCGUCGGCGAAAUAG